AAUCAGAAGAAAGAAAAGGCGGAACCUGGUGGCGGUGGAAUAAAAAAACUCAAAAGAGAAAAAAAGAGCAGAAAGUUUCCAUGCUGCCAAAGUGUCAGGAUGAUGAAUGGGACGACGUACGCCAACUUUGACAACGAGGAGCACGUCUUGAAAUUGGGGGAGACGUUCGAGAAGCAGCCUAAAAGUGCUUUCCACACGGUGCGAUAUGAUUUCAAGCCAGCUUCCAUCGACACGGCCUGUGAAGGAGAACUUGAAGUGGGCAAAGGAGAGCAAGUCACCAUCACAUUACCCAAUUUAGAGGGCUCCAGUGCUCCGGUGACCGUCUUCAAGGGCUCCAAGAGGUCAUACAUGAAGGAGUGCAUCCUCAUCGUCAACCACGACACGGGCGAGUACCGACUGGAGAAACUCAGCAGCAACAUUGCAGUCAAGAAGACCAGGGCCGAGGGCAGCAGCAAGAUCCACUCCCGUCUGGAGCAGCAGACCAGUCGGCUGGGCCAGCAGAUGAAGAGCAGCGGCAGCAAGAACUUGGCAGGCCCCAGAAGUUCUCCCCUCAAAGACAAGACCUCGCCUGCCUCGCCAUUGGACGACAUUGAGAAAGGAAGUGUGAGGCAGGUGUAUCAUGUGACCAGAGUGUGCUGCCUCACAGAGCUGAUGGAAGAAGCUCGAGUCAUGGACCAGAUGAGCAGUGACAGCUCCUCCAACAGCUCCUCCUCCAGCAGUGACAGCAGCAGCAGUGACUCAGAGGACCACACCAACCCCUGCAUGCCCACCACCUGUCCUCAGGAGGGCGCCACAGCAGCACCAGCAGAACCAGGACCAGGACUCCUCAUGAACACACUAAAAAGCGACCUGCAGCUCAGCGAGUCAGGCAGUGAGAGCGACUGAGGACAUCCGCUAACCUUCUUAGCAUACAUGCUACCUGUCUGCAAACUCCACUUUUUUUCUCUCUUUUUUUUAACUAUUUCAUGCAAGGUGGAUGUGUUUGGGGACCGUGGGACACUCGGGCGUCCUCUCCCUGCCGUACGUACAAACAUUUCCAAGUCAAUCAGGUCUUUAAAGUCCCACUUAAGUCUGCCUCAUCUCAUUCUUCCUCCUUGACCUCCUCAUCUUCACCAAACUCUUCUCACUCUCGCUAAGCUGCCAAUCUGGCUGGUUGCUAAUGUCGCUAGCCUUUCAAGCUGCCGAUCUGGCUAGUCGCUAAUGUCGCUAGCCUUUCAAGCUGCCGAUCUGGCUAGUCGCUAAUGUUGCUAGCCUUUCAAGCUGCCGAUUUGGCUAGUCGCUAAUGUUGCUAGCCUUUCAAGCUGCCGAUCUGGCUGGUUGCUAAUGUUGCUAGCCUUUCAAGCUGCCAAUCUGGCUAGUCGCUAAUGUCGCUAGCCUUUCAAGCUGCCGAUCUGGCUGGUUGCUAAUGUUGCUAGCCUUUCAAGCUGCCAAUCUGGCUAGUCGCUAAUGUCGCUAGCCUUUCAAGCUGCCGAUCUGGCUGGUCGCUAAUGUUGCUAGCUUUUCAAGCUGCCAAUCUGGCUAGUCGCUAAUGUCGCUAGCCUUUCAAGCUGCCGAUCUGGCUGGUUGCUAAUGUCGCUAGCCUUUCAAGCUGCCGAUCUGGCUGGUUGCUAAUGUUGCUAGCCUUUCAAGCUGCCGAUCUGGCUGGUUGCUAAUGUUGCUAGCCUUUCAAGCUGCCAAUCUGGCUGGUCGCUAAUGUUGCUAGCCUUUCAAGCUGCCAAUCUGGCUAGUCGCUAAUGUCGCUAGCCUUUCAAGCUGCCGAACUGGCUAGUCGCUAAUGUCGCUAGCCUUUCAAGCUGCCGAUCUGCCUAGUCGCUAAUGUUGCUAGCCUUUCAAGCUUCCAAUGUGGUUAGUUGCUAAUGUAGCUAGCAUAUGAAGCUAUUUCAAUCAAUGCCAAUAUAGCUAGUUGCUAAUGAUACUAGCAUAUGACAUUUUUUAGCUACUUGAUGUCACCAGGGUACAAAGUUGCCAAUGUAGGUAAUUGCUAACGUCACUAGCAUAUAAAGCCAGUCUAGAUAAUUGCUAACAUUGUUCGCGUUUAAUGUAGCCAAUGUAGCUAUUUGCUAACUUGGCUAGUGUACAACGUUGCCAAUGUAGCUAGUUGCUAACUUUGCGAGCAUAUAACGAUGCCAGUGGAGCUAGUUGCUAACUUUGCGAGCAUACAACAUUGCCCAUGUAGCUACUUGCUUACUUGGCUAGCAUAUAACAUUGUCAAUAUAGCUACUUGCUGACUUGGCUAGCGCAUAACAAUGCCAGUGUAGCUAAUUGCUAACUUUGCUAGCAUAUAAGGUCACCUGUAGCGCUGCUUUUUGGACUGGGUGAGGAGACCCUUGUAGCUGCCAUACUUGAAAGCAAAAAGGUGAGUUCCAGCAGUUAUGAGGCAGGAAGUGAGAGACUUUGACACAGGUGAAGCAGGAAGUGAGAUACUUUGACACAGGUGAAGCAGGAAGUGAGAUACUUUGACACGGUCGAAGCAGGACGUGAGAGACUUUGACACAGGUGAAGCAGGAAGUGAGAUACUUUGACACAGGUGAAGCAGGAAGUGAGAUACUUUGACACGGUCGAAGCAGGACGUGAGAGACUUUGACACAGGUGAAGCAGGACGUGAGAGACUUUGACACAGGUGAAGCAGGAAGUGAGAUACUUUGACACAGGUGUCAACAUGUAAGUCUAGUAGCUGACAAAGUCAGGACUACUUUCACAUCUGCCAACAAGCACACAAAGAAAGAUGGCCACAUUUUCUUCAUCUAUUUUCUAUUACUUUCAGCUUUUGUCUUUCCUCAGUCUUGGAAAUAAACUUUUUCAAUAGUG